GGCUCUGCUGCGUGUCCUCGGGGCAGUGCUGGCCUCGGAUGUUGCUCUGCGCGGAGCCCAGGGGGUUCUGCUGGCUGCAGCGGGAGCCCUUCGGCUUCCUUGCUGGCGGCGUGUCCCCCGUCCACCCUGAGUAACAUUUUUGGGCUGUCCCUCUCCUCCCUGCCCACUGCUCUGGCGGCGAAGGGGAGCGGCUCAGCAGACAGCCUGGGUGCGGAUGCCCCAGCCCAGCCCAGGGGGACCCUUUGGUGCUGCUUGCCACGAGCACCAAGCCCGCGGCUGUGAGCCACCAAGGGAUGCCCAAAUCCUGCCCGAGGGGUCCCACGAGGGGCAGCAGCACCCGGGGGUGGGCACGGCACGGGGGGAGCUGGGCUGCGCACGAGAGCCUCUAAAUAAGGGUCUGCGUCCCCACAUCCUGCCGCGGAGCAUCGCUUCCUCCUUCCCAGGCACGGGCCAGCUCCGUGCCAAGGCAACGUCUGUUCUGUUGUGCCACAGGCUGAGGUUUUGCUCAUUCUCCCGUCGGCAAGACGUGCGUGUCCUCCUCGGGAUGAGAAAGCUCAGCAAUAUCCACGGCCCCGGCCGCUCGCGGUGAAGUGACAAAAGCCCAGGGCUGCUGGCAGGAUCCUAACGGGGCUGUAGCAGGGAGAUGUAAUCCAGCCUCUGCGUGUGCAAAACCCCGGGGACUUAGCGAGCUGGGAGCUUCAGCCUCAUCCGCCCAAGGGCGAACAGAUUUUGUCUGAUCCAAGCCGUGAUAUUGCAGCUCCGAACAGAACCAGGUGCAGGAACCACCCCAAGAGGCUGGCACUGACCUGGCAGCGAUCUGUGCACCGAUAAUGGCGCUCUCCAAUCUGUCCGAUUACUCCGACGACCUUGAUAACUACAACGACUACCUGGAUUACACCUACGAUGAGUCGAGCAGCGUGUGGACCAGCCCAUCCCACGACCCAAAGGACAUCGCCAGGAUCCUCUCCGUUGUCAUCUACAGCGUGUCCUGCGUGCUGGGCAUCCUGGGGAACGGCCUCGUCAUUGCCAUCAUAACCCUGAAGAUGAAGAGGUCGGUCAACGCCAUCUGGUUCCUCAACCUGGCCGUCGCCGACUUCCUCUUCAACAUCUUCCUGCCCAUAAACAUCGCCUACACGGCCAUGCGGUACAACUGGAUCUUUGGGACAGUCAUGUGCAAGCUGAACUCUUUCCUCCUCAUCCUCAACAUGUACACCAGCGUCCUCCUGCUCACCACCAUCAGCUUCGAUCGCUACGUGUCGGUGGUUUUUCCCGUCUGGUCCCAAAACCAUCGAUCAACCAACCUGGCCUAUUUGGUCUGCCUCAUCAUCUGGACCGUCGGCAUCAUUAUGAGCUGCCCGUCUCUUGUCUUCCGAGACACGGCACAAGCCCGCAACUCUGUGAUUUGUUUUAGCAACUUUUCCCUGUCCAGGAACAAGUCUUACCAAGCCCUGGCACUAAUGAGGCACCGGACGGUGAACAUCACCAGGUUCCUUGCAGGGUACAUCCUUCCCAUCACCAUCAUCACCUUCUGCUACGUCGCCAUCGUCUUCAACCUGCGGCGAAACCGCCUUGCCAAGUCCAAAAAGCCCUUCAAGAUCAUCGUCACCAUUAUAGUCACCUUCUUCCUCUGCUGGAGUCCCUACCACCUGCUGAACCUCCUGGAGACAGAGCCUGACAUGGUCUCGCGCUCCGUGUUCGAGAUCGGCAUCCCCAUAACCACGGCGCUGGCGGCCUCCAACAGCUGCAUGAACCCCGUCCUCUACGUCUUCAUGGGCCAGGACUUCAAGAAGUUUAAGGUGACCAUCCUUUCCAGACUGGUGAACGCCCUCAGCGAGGAGACGGGCCACUCCAGCAUCGUCCACAGGAGCUUCUCCAAGAUGUCUUCGAUGACGGAGAAGGAGACGACAGUCCUCUAGGGUGCUUGGGGGAGGGCCGCAGUCCUCCAGCCUUGCCCAUGCCCACCACGAGGAUGGUGACCACCCUUGCAGCAGCCACUGGUGUGGGAUGAGCACGGUCUGGUGUUGUCCUACAACACAUUCGUUGACUGGUCCUGCUGCCGGGCGGAUGCCAGGCACUGGGGACCCCUGCUUUGUGCUGCCCGAUUGCCCCGAACUGUACCAGCUAUUUAAAAAAACACUGCAGGACAUUUUUAUCUAUCGUGUCACCGUGUGGCCUGUGACCCCCGGAACAGGGCACCGCUCCAUUUUCAGAGACAUUUUCAACUCAGAGGAGACGUCAGCACUGGGCUGUGCUGGUGCCCAGACCGGAGGCCACGCGUGACGCUUGGGCCCGAGAUGCUGAGGGCUGAGUUAUGGGUGCUCUUUGAGGAGCCCACGUGCUGGUCAGGCUCGUGACAAAGGGGAAAAAAAAAGCAAAAAGGGGAAAAUAGCUGGAUUCCUUGGCGGGGGACGUGUCUGAGGACUGCCCGGCUGCCCGGAGGGGUGGCUGGGUGGGCACACUGCAGACAACCGGUGGCACUCUUCCCAUGCCCCGUGUAUGCAUAUAGCUCCUUAUUUUAAUGUUUUACGGUGUAUUGGUACUAGCACAACUUGUUUUUAACUGUGAUGUGAGCACUCUGUACCCGGCAGAGGCACCAGAAUAAACACAGUGCCCACUGAGUGUUGUGGGACAC